AUGGCCGACGCGGACAAGGUCUGGGUGCCGUCGAAGACCAAGGUCUGGCAGCUCGCCACCGUCGACGCCUGGAAGCAGAGCACGGUCGAGGUGACCACGGCCGAGGGCCAGCACGAGACGCUGGACCAGGCCAAAGCCGCCCGCUGGGACCCGUCCCACGACGGCGACAUCGACGACCUCGCAAAAAUGAACCAGCUCCACGAGGCGCCGCUCCUGACGGCCCUGGGCCGGCGCUACAAGCGCGACGCCAUCUACACCUACACGGGCGACGUGCUCGUGUCCGUGAAUCCGUACAAGUCGAUCCCGCUGCUCUACGACCUGCCCGCGGUCGACGACGAGGAGGCCUUCGAGGCCAUGGACGCGUCGCGGCCCCACGUCUACGGCAUCGCGCGCAGGGCCCAGGCGGCCGUGCGGGCGACGCGCGUGAACCAGUCCGUGGUGGUUUCGGGGGAGUCCGGCGCGGGCAAGACCGAGGCGUCGAAGAAGGUCAUGGCGUUCCUCCUGGCGCUGUCCGCGGCGCGCAAGGACGCCUACGCGGAGGCCGCCGUGGACGUCGACGCCGUGCUCAUGGUGUCGAACGUGAUUUUGGAAGCGUUCGGCAACGCCAAAACGAUACGCAACGACAACUCGAGCCGCUUCGGCAAGUACAUCCGCCUCGUCUACGACGACGACUGGCGCAUCGCCGGCGCGCGGACGGACCACUUCCUGUUGGAGAAGAGCCGCCUGGCGUCCGUCGACGCCGGCGAGCGGUCCUACCACUACUUCUACCAGCUCGUGAAGGCCAGGGCGGGAAACAAAAAUAUGCAACACGAAUUCGACAUGCUCGAAAGCGAACAGUUUCGACGCGAGAGAACUUUCCGAGAGAAAACGAUCCGUCCAAAAAUCAGCCGAAUCGACUUUGAUGCGAGCUGCGGCUGCUCACAGGAGGAGCGGGCGCGCGUCGCGGACCUCGUCGGCGGGCUGCUGCGGCUCGGCGCGCUGACCUUCGACGCCUGCGCCGACGACACGGGCCUCGUAGCCGUCGGCGGCGACGUCGACGCCGUCGCGCGCGCGCUGGGCCUCGACGGCGCCGUUUUUAUGGCGAAGCUCCGGAGCCACUCGAAGUCGUCCGCGCGCGGGUCCGUGGUCAUGAUCCCCUACGGCGACCGCGAGGCCAAGGAGAACGCCGACGCCCUCGUGAAGUUCCUCUACGGCGCAUUGUUCGAUUGGCUGCUGCGGAAGCUCAACGCGGAGCACGGGCGCAACGUCGCUUCCAAAACCUUCGAGCCCUUCGUGGGCAUCCUGGACAUCUUCGGCUUCGAGAUUCUGCCGACGAACUCCUUCGAGCAGCUCUGCAUCAACUUCGCCAACGAGAUGCUCCAGCGCCAGUUCAACGCGACGGUCUUCGAGCGCGAGCGCGCCGUCUACGAGUCCGAGGGGCUCGACCCCGGCUACGUGGCCUUCGACGACAACCGGGACCUCGUGGACGUCGUCACGGGCGCGAAGCCCGCGGGCCUCUUCCCCAUCCUCGAGGAGCACGGCCUGCUCCAUCGCAAACCCGACGACAAAGCGCUGCUCCGGGCCUACCACGACGCGCACGCGGCGACGCCCGAGCCCAGGGGCGGCAAGCCGCGCGCGUACGCGAAGCCGCGCUUCGACGACGGCCUCCACUUCCAGCUGCGCCACUACGCGGGCGCCGUCGACUACGACGUCUCCGGCUGGAUCGUCAAGAACAACGACGCGCUCGCGCACGACCUCCGGGACGCCGUCGAGGCGUCCGACGACGGGUUUUUGAGACAUUGCCUGCGGCUCCCCGGCGCGCCGGAGGCCGGCGCGGGGCGCAUCGACGGCGAACCCAUCGCGCGCGACGCCGGGCCCCGGGACAAGAAGAAGAUGGCCGCGGGGCAGACCGUGUCGAAGAAAUUUAGAACGCAGCUCGAGGAGCUCGUCGCGAUCCUGGCGACGACGUCGCCCCACUACAUCAAGUGCAUCAAGCCCAACUCGAGCAAGCAGCCCGGCGCCUACAGCGAACAGCUCGUCGUCAAGCAGCUCCGCUGCUCGGGGGCGCUCGAGGUCGUGCGCAUCCGCCGCGAGGGCCUGCCGACGCGCGUCGAGUUCCUCGCGUUCUUCACCAAGUACGAGGCGCUGGGCCGCAACGGCGUCGGCCGGGCCGGGUCCACGGCCUUCCUCGGCUUCCCCGAGCCCGACGCCUGCGACGCCGCGACGCUCCGGCGCGCGUGCGAGACCAUCGUCGCCAAGCACUUGGACCCGUCGCGGGGGCAGAUCGGCAACACGAAGGUCUUCCUCUCGCCGGCGGGCGAGGCGGACCUCCAGGCCGCCGUCGACGCCCUCUACGGCGCCUUCGCGACGAAGAUCAACGCAAAGUGCGCGGGCAAGUACGCGCGGACGCGGUUCCGAGCCGCGAAGCGCGGCUUCUCGGCGCUCCAGAGCCUGAUCCGCGGCUCGCGCGCGCGC